AUGAAGGUUAAGGUUGCAAAAACUAAUAACGUGCUUUUUAGGGCAUACAAUGCCUACCGCAACUACACCCCAAUUCAUGUUUUGACGGCCAAUGAGACAAUUAUCUUCAAUUCUAUCGUGUUUGCUCUAGUAACCGGUCUUUUAUACUGGGCUAUGUUUGUCGUUCCCUCAUGGCUUGUCUUCCUUGGAGAGAGAGCAAUCUACUACAUCACGGGCCAAACAAUAUCCAUCUCGUUGGUCUUCUCGUUUAUUGUCAGACAACUAUUAUUCAGCCCCAAGCAACCAGCUCUACGUUCCAAUCUGUCCAACAGUAUGCCUGCGGACUUUUACCGUAAGAAGUGA